UGACCACAUUCGAAGGUAGUAGGUAGGAAACUACUCUACUGGUAGGAAGAAAAGUAUGAGGACUGAUACAUAUAUCAAGAGAGAGUCCAUUGUCCAUACCGUACUGCAUAUUCCAAUUCUUGUUGAGGCUAUUUUCUUUGGUGUAUCUGGCUUUAAUUCUCCCAUGGCCAAUCAACUUGUCUCUUCUUCUUCCUUCAGCAGUACUCCUUCAUGGAUAUAUGAUGUGUUUUUGAGUUUUAGAGGUGAGGAUACACGAACCAAUUUUACAGAUCAUUUAUACCAUGCCUUGGUCCGUAAUGGAAUCAACACUUUCAUUGAUUGCCAUCUUACAAGAGGAGAAGAAAUAUCAUCGGCUCUUCUCCAAGCAAUUGAAGAGUCGAGAAUUUCGAUCAUCGUAUUGUCUGAAAAAUACUUAUCCUCAAGAUGGUGCUUGGACGAGCUCGUUCAUAUCCUCGAGUGUAGAAAGUCAAGGCAGCAAAUAGUUUGGCCAGUUUUUUACACGGUGGAUCCGUCCCAUGUACGAAAUCACACGGGUAGUUUCGGUGAAGCGUUUACAGAACUUGAGUGCAAAUUCAAGGACAACAAGAAGAAGAUCCUCGCAUGGAGGAGUGCUGUUAAAGAAGCAGCAAAUUUGUCAGGAUAUCCUCUCAAGAAAGAAGACUCUGAAGCUACCCUUAUCAAUAAGAUUGUUAAGAAGAUCUUAGUCGAAGUACUACAACGCACAUAUUUGAAUGUGGCCAAACAUCUAGUUGGAAUACAAUUGUGCGUACAAGAGGUGAAAGAGCUUCUAGGUGUCGGAGGAAAUAGUCGUGUGGUUGGGAUAUGGGGGACAUCUGGAGUAGGCAAGACAACAAUUGCAAAAGCUGUUUAUAAUGCAAUUGCUCAUAUGUUUCAAGGUAGUUGUUUCCUGGCAGAUGUCAGAGAAAUAUCGACAUCACGUGAAGGUGUAAUCCAACUACAAAAGACUCUUCUUUCUAAAAUUUUGUGCGGUACAGAGUUGAAUGUUGUCGAUGUUCAUGAAGGAAUCAGUCUUAUAAAGAAACUGUUGAGGCGGAAGAAGGUUCUCUUAAUUCUUGAUGAUGUGGAUGAAAUGGAGCAGUUAAACAACCUGGUUGAAGUUGAUUGGUUCGGAGAGGGUAGUAGAGUGAUCAUAACCACAAAAGAUAGAGGAUUGCUGGAAUCUUAUGAAGUUCAGUUGAUAUACAAGGUCCAAAAAUUACAAGACGACAAGGCUCUCGAGCUUUUGAGUUUGAAUGCCUUCGGAAGAAAUGAGCCUCCAGACAUGUAUUUCGAACUCGCACGACGUGCAAUAGCCUAUGCUGAAGGUCUUCCAUUAGCUCUUAAUCUUAUAGGUUCUCAUCUGCGUAAUAAAAGUAUCGAUCGCUGGCAAGAUAUAUUAGAUAGUUAUGAUUCUUACGAAGGAGAACCUUAUAGAGGUAUUCAAAGAACACUUCGAAAAACUUAUGAUGCGUGGGAUAAUGUCCUGCAACAAAUUUUCCUAGACAUUGCAUGCUUCUUCAAGGGCGCAGAUAAAGACUACGUGUUACAAAUAUUAAGAAGUUCGAAGCUCAAUGUACCUCAAGAUUGUAUAGAAGUACUCGUUGAGAAUGCCAUCAUAACUAUUGAAGAUAAUCAGAUUUUGAUGCAUGGCUUGCUAGAAAAAAUGGGUAAGCAUAUAGUUUACGAAGAAUCUCCCACUCACCCAGGGAAACGUAGCAGAUUGUGGUUUCAUGAAGAUGUGUACGAUGUUCUAACUGAAAAUCGGGGAACAUGGAAAAUUAAAGGCAUUGUGGUGAAGUUGCCCAAAACAGAUGUGAUACCCUUGAAUGCAAAAAGUUUUUUGCAUAUGGUAAAUCUUGAAAUUUUUAUAAAUCUUAAUGCACGCUUUUCUGGACACGUUGAUUAUCUGCCCAACGAUUUGAGGUGGGUUGAAUUGGGUGGACAAUCCGAUAUUCAUCAAAAGCAUACGAUUGUGUUCAAUUUGCCGUCCAAUUAUCAUCCAAGACAUCUCGUUAGGUUUGAUGUGUCAUACAGUGGCAUAAGACAAUUGAAGGAAUUCAAGAAUUUGGCAAAGCUUACAUUCAUGAAUUUAAGAGGUUGCGAAUUCUUGGAAAAAAUUCCCGAUUUAUCUGGAAGCCCAAACAUAAAGUACUUGAAUCUAAGGAAUUGUAAAAAUUUGGUUGAAGUUGAUGAUUCCGUUGGAUUCCUUGAUAAACUUGUUGAAUUGAAUCUUAGUGGAUGCCCUAAACUUAAGAGGUUUGCAACAAGACUUGGAUUGGGAUCCCUUCGAUGGCUUUCUCUCAAGGGUUGCACAAGGCUCGAGAGUUUCCCAGAAAUAGAGGAGGGCAAGAUGGAAUCCCUAUUAUCUUUGCAUAUAGAAAAAAGUGGCAUAAGACAACUGCCUUCAUCAAUUGCUUAUCUUACUGGGCUCGGGAGUUUUGCAGCAAAUGGUUGUGAGUUGCAAAAUCUCUACCUCCUAACUUUUGGGAAUAAGGUCAAGUUUGAUGAAGUUUCAACCUGCAGUACCAAAUCACAGUUGUUUUCAACUUACUUAGAUACUUCAGAUAACAAUUCUAUUACAUUAACGCUUCCAGUGCUACGGAAGCUUUAUCUUAACGGAUGCAAUUUAUCAGAAAGUGAUUUCCUUGUAUCUCUUAAUUGCUGGUCCACAUUAAAAAGACUUGAUCUGUCGAGUAACAAUUUUGUUAGUCUUCCGGAUUGCAUUAGCAAAUUUGUCAACUUGGAGUCACUUAGAUUGAGUGAUUGCAAAUCAUUGGAGAAAAUUCCACAAGUCCUACCACCAAAACUACGUUUGUUAGAUCUAAGUGAUUGCAGAUCGUUGGAGAAAAUUCCAGAACUGCCCCCUAUGUUUGAGUUUCUGAUCUUGACUAAUUGCUUUAGAUUAAGUGGUGAUGAGGUGGCAAAGUUGGAAAACAAUUUGUUGAAUCAUCAGGAAUCUCUCCGACGCUCUGAAUUUCAAGUUGUUCUUCCAGGCUAUGAAGUUCCAAAGUGGUUCAGCUUUACCUCUAACCAUCCAACAACACUUGAACUUCCACCAGAAUAUGAAGAGUUUGUUGGUGGCAGUGAAUUUUGUUUUGAAAUUCCUCUAAAUUUACAAGUGGGGGAGACAUUAUUAGGAUUGGCUCUAUCCUUCGUUUUUGAACCACCGACUUUUCAUUUUCUUUAUGCUUGUAUUCUCAUCAACGGAAUAGUCAAGUUUGAACCUUACGUAUGGUUUGACAAUGACAUGAAGGCAACUCAUGUGAGGAGCAAGUUAGUGGAUUUAGAGGAGCACGAGCAGCAGGGAGAUAUUUGUCAAGUUAUAUUUCUAUUCCACAAAGCCACACGCAUUAAAAGCUGCGGGGUGCAUCGCCUAUUGCGCAACCAAAACGAACUGCUUCACUUCUCUUCGGAGCCAGCAGAUUGAUCUCAAUGUUGCUAUUGAUAUUGAGGAGGAGGAGGAGCAAGAGCAACCGUCCACUUCAGAUGAUCGACAGUUUCUGAUUUAUUAAGAGUUUGG